CACACGCUGCCGGGGUACGAGUUCGAACCGAAUGGUGAGACUUUGCUAUUCACCAGUUGUCACGGCGAAGGGUGAAGCUUUGCACUCCCAGCUUUGCGGCAUGGAUAUGGCAGAGAGCACCAAACGUAAGAAACGGAGUAAGAAACAUCGCAGGAUAGCACAAGGUCUUGAACUGGCUGGAUUAAAUGUUCGGGCGAGGAUGCAGCUAAAAAUGGAGAAAAAAGCCAGGAAGAAAACAGAAGGCAAAUAUUCAGUUCAACAGUUGUUGGAAAAAGCAGUGGAGUACAUGGACAACUUAAAUUUUGAACUGGCACAAAUGUUCUGUCAACGCGCAUUGGACAUGGAGCCCAACAAUUUAACCACACUUGAUAUGAUGGGCAAUAUCUUUGCAGAACUUGGAAACUCAGAGAAAGCAAAAGAAGCAUUUCAAAAAGCUGUUGCUUUGAGCCCUGAUGAAGGUUACACUAAAUACAUGUACCUGGGUCAGAUUCAUUGUGGGCAAGAAGCAGUACAGUACUUCAAGAAAGGCAUUGAACUUCUGAUUAAAGACUACCAAAGGCAGAAGGAGAUGGCCACUGAAGCAGCUUCCUUUGAUCCUGAUAAUACUGAAGUGACUCCUCAGAACAUCUCCACAGCAUUUUGUUCGCUGGCAGAGAUCUUCCUUACUGACCUCUGUUCAGAGGAAGAUGCUUCAGAUAAGUGUCAAGAAGCUUUGGGAAAUGCUUUGGCAUAUGAUCCAGAAAACCCUGAAGCCUUGCAGUUGAUGGCUAGUUAUCUUUUCAGUACUGAACAGCAACAGGAAGGCAAAACAUACUUGAUGAAAAGCCUUAGACAAUGGUUACCCAGUUUUCAGAGAGUAGAGUCUGAACUACCCCAUGACAGCAAUGAUCUGGAUCCGUUACAGAAUUUGUUUCCUCCUUAUGAAUCCAGAAUAACUGCAGCAAAACUGUUGAUAGAAGUUGAAGAAUAUGAGACUGCCACUGAAGUACUUGAAGGGCUUUUGGAUGAAGAUGAUGAAGUUGUCCAGGUCUGGUAUCUACUGGGCUGGGUUUGUUACCUUCAGGCAGAGAAGCCCAAUGAGGAUGUGUCUUUCAAGGACUCUGCCAGGACAUACCUAACAAAAACCAAAAAGCUUUACAUGAAGGUGAAAUGUGAUGAUUCCUCCCUGCUGGAUCACACAGAGCAGUUGCUGGAGGAGCUGGGACCCGGUGAAGACCUGGACUUGUCAGACACUGAGAAACUUCCCAUUGAGAACAUCGAGGAUGACUUUGUAGAGACCAGUGAGGAUGAGGAAAUGCAACAGUAAUAAUUCAAUAAACAUUUCUAUUUUUAUCCAAAAAUGGCAAAUAAAGGAACCCUUUUCUAAAGAAAUUACGUUUUAUGAGUGAGCAGCAGAGUCCCUGUAACCACCUGUUGCUGUGGAUAAUGUUAUUCCUGGCACUGAACUUGGAGCAAGCUACCUGGUCAUCUGACUUAAUUUGAGAAUUAAAAAAAAGUUUAUUGCUUUAAGAACUGCAAGCUUCAAAUAAAAAUUCUGUGAAUAUUAAAACCCAAGACAUUCCAACAGUAUUUUGUAUAAAUUUCACUGCUGAUGCAGGCCAGGUAUUGCAGGUAUUGGCAAUGUUAACAAUAUGAUGUCUUCAGUGUUGCAUCAUAUGCCUGUGUCAGCAAUGGGUUUUAGUCUGGCAUUAUAGAACCUAUUUAAAAUGAGUUACAAGUAUUCUGGGGCACUGUAUUCGCUCCUGUAAAAUUAUUUAAAAAAUGACAAUUGGGGGGGGGUUGGGCAGAAUUGAAACACAAAGUCAAAUACAGUCGGCCCUCCUUAUCCGCGAGGGAUUGGUUCCGAGACACUCCCCGCCCCCGCCGCGGAUACCAAAAAAGCGCGGAUCCCUUAUUUAACCAGUCUCAUGCCGGUGGACUUUAGGACCCAGGGCAGCACAGGACCCGCUGCCCUCAAUGUUUCUGUUCCGUUGACUUAUAAUACCUAAUACGAUGUAAAUGCUAUGUAAAUAGUUGUUAUACUGUAUUGUUUAGGGAAUAAUGACAAGUAAAAAAAAGUCUGUACAUGUUCAGUACAGACGCAACCAUCGUAGCUCUUCUGGGAACGCUGAUGCUGAUUCUCCCGUGAUCUUUAAGUUCUUGAGGCUGUAGCACUUUAAAUAGCCAGCCAGCCAUCCCUAGCACUAACACUUCCAUGAAUUUCAGCUUCUUUCUGCUUUAUUGUGCGAAUACUCGAUUCGUUCUGACCGACCUUACGGCCCACUUCAGAAUGCAACAUGCCACUUUUCAAAAGAUCUACUCUUAGCCUUUGAGGAAUUGCCUUUUUAGGAGCCGUUUUUCACAGAAACAAAGUAGCGAACGAACGAGAUGCGAGACAAACAAUGCUCGAACAACGAAUGCUGGAGAGAGAACUUCUGGGUUUUCCCGAGUCGCGGUUGGUUGAAUUUGCGCAUGAGGAACUCGCGGAUAAGGAGGGCCGACUGUACAGCAUCUGCAACAAAACAAAAAUUGCUGAAAGUUGCUACAAGUGUAUAAAAAAAUGACUUUUGAUGGAGUUUGUGAUUAAAAAGGAGCUCUACUCCGUGACCAUUUUAUAGAACACCUGUGUUCUGUCCACAAUGGUCAUUUCCAGUUUCCAGUUGUAUGUUAUUUUAACUCGUCUACUUCCCUUCCACACUGACCUGUCUGUCCUCAGCUUUCUUCAUUACUAUAGAGAGACUGAAUGUAAAUGUGAAGAAUAGUAUCUCCAAAUCUGCUAAGGUUGCUUACAUUCCAAUUGUGCUAAUAUUGAAUUUUCCGAUUCCAGGCAACCCACACUCCCAGUGUUCUCCUCUCGCAAACACUUGACUGUCUACCUAGUUUUCUUCUCCCAUUGCUCAUUUGUCUCAUCAUUUCCUCUCUUCACCUAGUGCCCUCUGCCCAUAAUCCAUCUGUUACCAGCCCUGUGUCCCAUCCUCCUAUGUAUGGCUAUAUACCAGGUAUCUUUUCUGUUCCCUCGCAAUACUAAUGCAGAGAUUCAAGCCGGAACUUUAACUUACACAUUUUGCAUCCACAGAUGCUAAUUGAUUUGCUGAGUUCUUCCAGCAUUUUAUUUCUCUUCUAGAUUCUGGUCUCUUUUGUCUUCAGUCUCCAACUUGUCUGUGGUUGCGUCCUGCUGAAGGGUUUCAACCCGACUGUUCUCUUUUCCACAGAUGCUGCCUGGCCUGCUGAGUUCCUCCAGCAUUUUUUGUGUGUUGCUUGGAUUUCCAGCAUCUGCAGAUUUUCUCUUGUUUGUGUUUAACUUGUCCUGUCUUGUUUUAAUCUUGAUGGACUUGCUUGGUAUUUAAGCAUUUGGCUGCAUUGAAGUUUUUGGUUAAACUCAAUAAAUAAUUUAUCAAAUAAUAAUAAAAUAACAUGAGACCAAACACAGUCCAUAAAUCAAAAUUCACAGACUGCUUUAUAAUUUAAAACACAAGAAAUUCUGCAGAAGCUGGAAAUCUAGAAUAACACACAAAAUGCCGGAGGAACUCAGCAGGUCAGGCCACAUCUAAGGAGAUAAAUUAACAGUCAACAUUUUGGGCCAAGACCCUUCAUCAGGACUGAAAAGGAAGAGAGGAAAAGCCAGAGCAAAGAGGUGGGGGGAAGGGAGGUAAGAGUACAAGUUGGCAGGUGAAUUAGGCCUGGUCAUAUAAAAAUAAACAUCUAAUUAUUAUCUUUUGAAUAAAAUUUUAAGUUAUAUUCAGGGGUCUUUCAUGGUGGUUUUAUUUCACUUAC